CACCUUUCCUCUCCGUCGGAUCAAAUCAUCAUCCUCAAUUCAUUCGAAAAAAUCCAAAAUCCGCCUUCAUCUUCCUGUCUCACUCCUCUCACGCUCUCUAAAAACAGCGUCGUUCUCAGCCGAUCAACGGCACCUGUUUUAAUAGUGAGGGUUUCUGUUUAUUCGAGAUUCGAUUUAAUCUAAAACAGAAGCGACCAUGUCUCUGAGACCCAACGCUAGAACUGAGGUUCGCAGAAGCAGGUACAAGGUAGCUGUGGAUGCCGAAGAAGGACGCAGAAGGAGAGAAGACAACAUGGUAGAGAUCCGAAAGAACAAGCGAGAAGAGAGUUUACUCAAGAAGCGACGCGAAGGACUUCAGGCUCAACAACAACUCUCCUCUUCUCUCACUUCUUCCGCUCCUGAUAAUAAGAAGUUAGAAAGUCUCCCAGCGAUGGUUGCAGGCGUUUGGUCAGAUGAUAGGAAUGCACAGCUUGAGGCUACCACUCAUUUCAGGAAACUACUCUCAAUAGAACGCAGUCCUCCAAUCAAUGAAGUUAUACAAUCUGGUGUUGUUCCUCGUUUUAUAGAUUUUCUUUCAAGGGACGACUUCCCACAGCUCCAGUUUGAGGCUGCUUGGGCUCUUACAAAUAUUGCUUCGGGGACAUCAGAAAAUACUAGGGUCGUGAUUGAUCAUGGGGCUGUGCCAAUAUUUGUUAAACUUUUAAGUUCUCCAACAGAUGAUGUUCGAGAGCAGGCUGUUUGGGCAUUGGGAAAUGUAGCUGGUGACUCACCUAAAUGCCGUGAUCUUGUCCUCAGCCAUGGGGCUUUGCUGCCAUUGCUGGCACAGUUCAAUGAACAUGCUAAGCUUUCAAUGCUGCGAAAUGCAACAUGGACAUUGUCAAACUUCUGCAGGGGCAAGCCGCAGCCUUUGUUUGAGCAGACAAAGCCUGCACUUCCAGCUCUUGAGCGCCUUAUACAUUCAAAUGAUGAUGAAGUCCUCACAGAUGCUUGCUGGGCUUUAUCAUACCUAUCAGAUGGCACCAAUGACAAAAUCCAAGCUGUUAUUGAGGCCCGUGUCUGCCCCAGGCUAGUCGAACUUUUACUUCAUCCAUCUCCAUCAGUGCUCAUUCCUGCCCUUCGUACGGUUGGAAAUAUUGUUACUGGGGAUGAUAUGCAGACUCAGUGUAUAAUAAACCACCAGGCUCUGCCUUGCCUUUUGAACCUGUUGACACAAAAUUACAAGAAGAGCAUCAAGAAGGAAGCUUGUUGGACCAUCUCAAACAUCACUGCUGGAAAUGUAAAUCAGAUACAGGCUGUGAUUGAUGCCAGUAUCAUUGCACCCCUUGUUCAACUGCUUCAAAAUGCUGAGUUUGAGAUCAAGAAAGAAGCUGCAUGGGCUAUUUCAAAUGCUACUUCUGGUGGUACUAAGGAGCAGAUAAAGUUCUUGGUGAACCAAGGGUGUAUUAAGCCAUUGUGUGAUCUCCUGAACUGUCCUGACCCAAGAAUUGUCACAGUUUGCUUGGAAGGGCUUGAGAACAUUUUGAAGGUUGGGGAAGCUGAGAAAAGUGCGGGUAACACAGGAGAUGUAAAUGUGUAUGCCCAAUUUAUUGAUGAGGCUGAGGGUUUAGAAAAGAUUGAAAACCUUCAAAGUCAUGACAACAAUGAGAUAUAUGAGAAAGCAGUGAAGAUUCUGGAGACUUAUUGGGUGGAGGAGGAUGAAGAUGAGCCAUUGCCUCCUGGCGAUGCUUCCCAAGCUGGAUUCCGUUUUGGAGGCAACGAAGUUUCUGUUCCUUCUGGUGGAUUCAACUUUAGUUGAAGGACAUUCAGUUGGUUAUAAGAAUGAAGGUCAGAGUCCAGGUCUGGUGAUCAAUGUUGUCAAGCUCGUGUGGGAGAGUUUCUGCUUGCCGUUCUUGGGUCUAGUUUUUGGUCCACAUUCAGCUGUAGUUCAAGAUAGGCUGGGGAAAUGUUUGUUUGGUAUGAUGGUUGAAUAAAAGAGUGGUGCAUGAUCUGGACUGGUUUAGAAAUGUGGUUUCCCUACAUGCGGACCCUGGAAAUUACACAGUAUAGAGUCUCUCCAUCUUUUUUACCUUUUUUCUUUUUGGUGGUUAUUCUUUUUUAAGUGUCCUCGUUUUUUAACGCAAGGAUGGGGCAUCCAGCUACCGAUCUAAACUUCUCAUUAGAGCAACAAAGUAAAAAUAUAUAUUUGUUUCUUCUCUUAAAGGUCUUUUUUUUUCUUUUUUAAUUCAGAUUAUUGUGGAUCGCAUGAUUUUGUAUUUUGAUUGAAAGGCAUAUGGUAUAUCCUUUUCGGUUCGGAGGGGAAUUUUUUCAGUUUUGUAAUAUGUCAAAACAUUCGAAGGUUAAUGAAAUAUAAUGUUUGGUCAACCUCUGUAAA